UCAGGGCAGAGGGACUCAGACUGGACCUCUCCGCUCGGGCCAGCCAACACCUCCACUGAUGGGGAACAGCCACUGUGUCCCCCAGGCCCCUAGGAGGCUCCGUGCCUCCUUUUCCAGAAAGCCCUCUCUGAAGGCAACUCGAGAGGAUGGCACGAGGAAGCUAACUGGCCUGUUUGGCUCGGAGACCAGCCCCCACCAGGACACCACUGCCAACAAGAUCUUCUACUAUGUCCCUGGGACGGACAUCUCAGGCCUGGAGCGCCAGCGAGAAGGCCUGGAGCAGCCUUUCCUGAGCGUGUUCAAGACAGGGCGGUGGAGGGUGCCCGUGAGGAACCUGGGCAAGGUUGUGCACUAUGCCAAGGUGCAGCUGCGUUUCCAGCACAGCCAGGACACCAGCGACUGCUACCUGGAGCUGUUCCCCUCCCACCUGUACUUCCAGGCCCAUGGUUCAGAAGGACUGACUUUCCAGGGGCUGUUACCACUGGCGGAGCUGAGUGUCUGCCGGCUCGAGGGGUCUCGAGAGCAUGCCUUCCAGAUCACAGGCCCGCUGCCCGCCCCCCUUCUCGUGCUGUGCCCCAGCCAGGCCGAGCUGGGCAGCUGGCUCUACCACCUGGAAAAGCAGAUGGCUCUUGUAGGAGCGAGGCACUGCCACACAGCACCCCCACAGGGGCCCCCUGAAGACGAGCUUCCUGGGACUCUACAGCAUAGGCUGAGCCGGCUGCACACAGUGUUGGGGCGCCCAGCGGUGGGCAGCGCCAUCUGCGCCUCCAGGGUCAAGCUGCAGCAUCUGCCCUCACAGGAACAGUGGGACCGGCUCCUCAUCCUGUACCCAACUUCCCUGGCCAUUUUCUCUGAGGAAGCAGAUGGGCUUUGCUUUAAGGGGGAGCUCCCACUCGGUGCUGUCCACAUCGACCUGGAGGAGGAGGAGAAGCAGGUCCACUCUUUCCUGAUCAAAGGCCGUCUCAUCAAUACCAUCCGUGUGGUGUGUGCCAGCUAUGAGGACUACAGCCUCUGGCUGCUCUGCCUGCAGGCUGUUUCCUGCAGGGAUGGAGCCCCCCGACUGCUGGGCCCUGAGAGCUUCCUGGGGCCUCGGAGGCCCACCCAGGUCAUGAGUGGCGGCCGAGGCUCACUAUCUUCAGACGGACGAACCAGCUGGGACUCGGGGUACCUGGCACCCCCAUCCACCCAUACCAGCCAUUCCCUCCCUGGGUCCUCAAUGGUGUUCACCACAGGCUGCCCUGCCCAGCCUGCACACGAUCAGGCCAAUCCCGGCUGUACCAGCAGCAGUGGGCCGAGAGCAGAGCUGAGACGGGGCGGCAGUCGUCGGUCACCUAGGAGCAAGGCUCGUUUUGAGGGGCCUGGCCUGGGCACCCCGCUGCACCUGGACCUGACCAAGCUGAGCAGACUGGGCCUGGAGGGCGAACCCAACGCCCCAGACCACUCUCUGGAGAUGCCCCACUCUCCACUCUAUGCGGAUCCCUACACACCACCUGCCACCUCCCACCACAGGAUCACAGAUGUCCGGGGCCUGGAUGAGUUCCUCAGUGCAGCGCAGAGCCCACUUGGACCUGAGCCCUUGAGCCCGGUGCCCUCUGUCCCUGUGCCUAUGCCUGUCUCUGGACUCUCCAGCCCGCGCUUGCUGUCCGAGAACGGAGCCCUGCAGCCCCAAGCCUCUAGGGGGUGCCGAGGCCCUGGCAAGGGCCAGGGGCCCCCAGACUCCCCUAGGCGUGUCCCCUCUGCCAGGGAAGUUCCGCCCAGCCCUCUGCCACCUCCCCCAGACGGCCAUCCCCCCAGGAGCUACGACACCCUCUGGGAAAAGGCUCCAUCUCCCUCCCACCGGUGGAGGCCCCGCAGAGCCCCUGAGGCUGAGAUGGGGCUCAUCCAGUGGAUCUGACAGCCCCCCAGGCUGGCUGCGUCCUGGGACCAGCUUCAACCCUGGAGAGGUGUUCCCAGCAGGGCCUGGGUCUUUCUUUGUAGGGCCACAGGCUCACUGGCCCCCACCCCUGUCCAAUACCGGGUCAGGGCCUUGCCUCAGCAGGGUAGGGGGAGGCUCCAGAACCCUGAAUUUCCCUGGGUUCUGGAGGGGCCUAGAGGAGGGCCCCAUCCUGAGUGUGCUCUGCCAGUGUGGCUGGGCACCCAGAAGACCGAGCCUCAGCCCGCCUUCCAGGGAAGGAACAAAGGAGGGGACCUGACGGGGGCUUCGGCUGGGAGUGCAAGGAUGGCACGGGUGCGAAUGUCAGAGGGCUGCAAAAGUCAUGACAGCGAGGGUCAGAGUAUGUGAGGUCAGAGGGCCGGAGGGUUAGAGGUCAGCAAGAUCUGAGCCUUCACACGCAGAGAGGAGGUACCUGGGGCAUGUGAGGAGAGGGAUGGACUGGUCAGGAGGAGCUGACAAGAGACUAAACAAAAACGAAAGAGAAGGAGAUUUUAUUGGUGCCGUGUCCACACGUUCUUGCCCGGCCACCAGGAGUCCCCCACCAUCCUGGUAUCCCUGCGCAUCUGCCUGAGGCCGCAUGCCCACCCAGCACCCAGCCUCGUGCACCCCCCCCCCACCUUCCUGCCCCUGCUUUAGCUCCUCUCAGCCCUGGGACAACCCCAGGUGUCCAGUCCCUUCACCUGAUGCCAGGGCUCCCCAGAGGAGGGGCUCCAGGCUCAGCCCUACUGACUCCCACCCUGCAGGGACCACUGGGCCACCUUCCUGCAGGCCCCUGUAGGUACCUGCUCAUUGUAUCAGGUAGGCUCCAAGGAGGUCUUGCUACAGGCCUUUGGGGUUCAGGAGGUCAGAGAGGCCUCAGAGGUCCUCACUAGCCCAGCCCAUUUGUAAAUAGGGCAGAGUCCCUGGGAUACCCCCACCCCAACCUCAUCGCCCUUGCCACACGCCAGCCUCCAGCUACGGUCUCACUGCUGCUCUGACCCUCUAAUUAGUGCACAGUCCUGCCCCUCACCCCCAACUAGAGAACCAGAUAAAAUAUAGGAUACCCAGUUAAAUCUGAUUUCAGAUAAACCACAGAUAAUUUCUUAGCGUAAGUAUGUCUCAAAUGCUGUGUGUCUGAAAUUCAAGUUUCACUGGAUGCCCCAUCUCUUUAUUCGCUGAUCUGGCCACCUUACUAACCAGCUGCCCGCUCGCCCUACUCAUCCAGCCUCCCGAAUGCCCCCCCUCCCAGGUGUGGAGCACAGGCCUGGCCUCAGGCCUUUGGGCGGAGUCUGUGGAGCCGGGACCAAGGACACUGGCUCCUUCCUACAUCUGUAGAACACAGGGGUCAAAGGGCAAGGCCUGAGGACAGUGCCUCAUUGUGAGCACCUGUGGCCAUUUCCUUGUCCUGCGCCUUCCUGGUCCAAGCCUGGGUCCUAGGAGCUGUGGC